UAUGGCGUCUGCAGUGUCUAUGGACUCUACAGACAAACAGUAUAUUAAUAUCAAGUUAAAAUAACGACUAAUUAAAGCCGCAGUGGAAUUGUAAAUGGACGAUACGGAAUAUUCGGCCAUGUUUUUUUAUUGUCCUUUUUCUUGAUCUCGGAUAUAAACCCGCAACACAUGUCAGAAGAAGCCAGGUCUGCCUGGUCAAAGAGGGGUUGUGGGGACUCGCAGCGCCGAGAUCAGGGCAAACAUAAACAGAGGAAAUGUGAGCGUCCCCUCAGCCUGCUGUCAGCUAAGUUCGAGACUGGCCUCGAGGCCCCCAAAAGGUGUGUGAUGUCGGCGGGGGAGGUGGAGAUGUACCUGUCCCAGGUGCAUGAUGGGAGCGUGUCCUCAGGGUUUCGGGCGCUCUACGAGGAGAGACUCCUAUUGGACGUCACACUGCUCAUAGAGGAACACCACUUCCAGGCUCACAAAGCCCUGCUAGCGACCCAGAGUGACUACUUCCGGGUCAUGUUCACAGCAGACAUGAGAGAGAGAGACCAGGACAAGAUCCACAUGAAGGGGUUAACAGCUGCCGGCUUCGGCCACGUACUGAGGUUCAUGUACUAUGGUUCACUGGAGCUCAGCAUGGUCACUGUGCAGGAGAUACUACAGGCAGCCAUGUACGUCCAGCUGACAGAGGUGGUAGAGUUCUGUUGUUCCUUCCUGCUGUCUAAGAUCUGUCUGGAGAACUGUGCUGAAGUGCUGAGGCUGCUGGAGGACUUCAGCGUGGGGGUGGAGGGUGUGCAGGAGCAGCUUGACAACUUCCUGCUGGAGAACUUUGUUCCUCUGAUGAGCAGACCUGACUUCCUGUCCUACCUCAGCCUUGAGAGACUGCAGGCGUACCUGGACAGUGAUGCCCUGAGUCGCUUCCCGGAGAUAGAGCUUUAUGAGUCUGUCCAGGCCUGGCUACGACACGACCGCCGCCGCUGGAGACACACAGACGCUGUCGUCCAGUCUCUACGCUUCUGUCUGAUGACUGCUGCUAACGUCUUCGAGAAGGUGAAGACGUCAGAGUUCUAUCGUUACUCUCGACGGCUGCGUCAAGAGGUGGACCAGGCUCUCGGCUACUUCCACGACGUCAACGAGCAGCCACUGGUCGAGACACGGUCCAACCGCAUCCGCUCAGUCCGACCACAGACCGCCGUGUUCAGGGGCAUGAUCGGACACAGCAUGGUCAACAGCAAGAUCCUACUGCUGCACAGACCCAAGGUGUGGUGGGAGUUGGAAGGUCCCCAGGUCCCUCUCCGUCCAGAUUGCUUGGCCAUCGUCAACAACUUUGCCUUCCUGUUGGGUGGGGAGGAGCUAGGGCCUGACGGGGAGUUCCACGCCUCCUCUAAAGUCUACCGUUACGACCCCCGCCAGAACUCCUGGCUACGCAUGGCCGACAUGUCUGUACCCAGGUCAGAGUUUGCAGUGGGGGUCAUUGGUAAGUACAUCUACGCUGUUGCUGGCCGGACGCGGGACGAGACGUUCUACUCCACGGAGCGCUAUGAUAUCACGGCGGACCGCUGGGAGUUUGUGGACCCGUACCCGGUCAACAAGUACGGUCAUGAGGGCACAGUCCUAAACGGUAAACUCUACAUCACAGGAGGAAUCACAUCCUCAUCCACCUCCAAACAGGUGUGUGUGUUUGACCCUGGGCGAGACGCAGGGGGAGGGGUGUGUUUAGCGGGCUCGGGGGGAGCAGGAACGACGGACACACACAGGACACGCUCAGCUCGCACCCCCAUCCUCCCCAGCACACACACCAGCUGCUGGGAGAACAAGUCGAAGAUGAACUACGCUCGCUGCUUCCAUAAGAUGAUCUCCCAUAACGGGAAGCUGUACGUGUUCGGGGGGGUGUGUGUGAUCCUCCGGGCGUCAUUCGAGUCGCAAGGCUGCCCAUCCACAGAGGUCUACGACCCUGAGACAGAUGAGUGGACCAUCCUGGCGUCGAUGCCCAUCGGGCGCAGUGGGCACGGUGUGGCAGUGCUGGACAGACAGAUCAUGGUGCUGGGGGGCCUCUGCUAUAAUGGACACUACUCUGACUCCAUCCUCACUUUCGACCCAGAUGACAACAAGUGGAAGGAAGACGAGUAUCCCAGGAUGCCUUGCAAACUGGACGGGCUGCAGGUGUGCACUCUACACUUCCCUGAGUACGUCCUGGAGCACGUCCGGCGCUGCAGCUGAGGUCUGGUUCAGUUCAGACAUGCUCCUUUUUAAGGUUUGGGAAUGCCCCCCUUUUUAAGACAGACUUCUCCCACAGGCUCCAGACGGCAGAUGUGGGCCGGGCGGUGGAGGAUAGGUGUUUACAGGUGUGACACUAAUGCUCUAACUACACAGAAGCUUCUCAACUAGAGACACAGAAUGGACUAAGCAGUCUCAAAAACCCGAUCCUAGGUAACACCAUGACUAUGGUCUGGUUUUAAUGAUGGAUGCUUUUGGCAUAGUGGAACUACGUCACUGCCUACGCCGAAGGGAAAAUAAAUAUUUGGGGAUUCGCCCAGCAAAUCGCGAGGCAGACAUGCCAGAACAUUGAGAUUCAAAUCCAAAGUUUCCAGGCAAAACCUUUGCAGUGGUUUUAUUUAGUUAAGUGUAAAUCCAUUUGAAUUCCAUCACUUCUUGACAGCAUCCCUUUUGAUUUGAACGAAACCUUCCAUAUACAUUUGCAUUUCUUAUAAGCGUUCAGAAAGUGACUUUGGACCUGAAUUUCAAAACAUUCGAGAUAAAUGUGCUCAAAGUUAACCCAUUUUGCAUAUGUGCAGUUGAAGUUGGAAGUACACAUACACCUUAGCCAAGUACAUUUAAACUCCGUUUUUUUAAAUGAUUUUUUUUUACAAUUCCUGACAUUUAAU